GCGCUCCGCUGCAUCGCCCCGAGGACAAUGGCCGGGUCUCCUGCACUGCUCCUCCUGCUCAGCCUGGGGCUCUGUGAGUAUGGAAGCGGGAAGGAUGGAAUUCAGGGGUGCUCAGUGACUGCGCAGGGAAGCGGGAGCAGUGAAACUGCAGCGUGAUAUGCAACAGGAACAGAGCCUGUUCAGACAGGCGUUGUUGGAGGGGAUGAGGAAGGGGAGAGAGGGGGCAUGAGACAGUUGUUAGCGGUGAAUCACCUGGCAAAUAAGCUGGGAAAUGGCCGUAGCCCUGAGAAGGCAGCUGGAGGGCUACUCUGAAGGGCAGAAUCCAUCUCGCGAGCCUGGCAUUCUCAAUGCUGAGUCCCCAGGGACUCCAGCACAGCACCCAAGCGUGCUGGACGCCGAGGCCCUCCCUCCGCAUUCACCCUCAACUCAGGUGCCUGCCUGCCACACACCGCACUGCACCGGCAGGGAAGAGCCCUGCCCAAAGGCCCUGGGAGCUCUUCACGAGCAGCACCUGAGUGCACAUGGACAUCUUCUGCCCACAGGCUGCACCGAUGGCCAGGGACAGAGGGAUGCAGUGGCGGACAGGUUCCUCAACAGGAAUAUGAAGCAUCCCCAGGAGGGACAGCAACUGGAGCUGGAGUGCCCGCCUUAUGACAGGGAUAAACCUAUCUUCUGGAUACGUCUAGAUAAGUUUGGGAACAUCCACUUUCUCGUCUCCAGUACCCCUGUUUCCGUCCAGGGGAUGGCAUUCUAUGGGAGUAAGGGAACAUCUUCACAGUUUGAUACAUGGUGGAGAGGCAACACCAAUCUGCUGGUGGUAAAGAACUUCACAACCCAGGAUGAGGGGACCUAUUUCUGCAUCAGCUACACCAACCAGGUGCUGCACUUCAGCUCUGGACAACCCACUUUCUUCCCAGGAACAAACAGCAAGAAUACACUGCAUUUCUGCUAUGAUGUGGUCAUGCGGGUUAACCUGGCUGGUGCCUGCCUCCUGCUCCUCACUGCCAUAACCAUCACCACCAGGCACUGCCAAAGUUGGAUCAAUAUUUCUCAAUCUAUUCUGCACUCUCAGACAAUAACUGAAAACUUAGAAACUUCAUUCCAUCAGACUGUAUUGCCUCUACCAUCCCGAAAUACAUAAAUCAGGGAUGGAAGAAGCAGAACCCAAAGCACUGUGUAAUAACAGGAGAAACAUGCUUUAGUACGGGUCUUGCAAGUGUCCAAAUGCCAACACUCGCAGCAGCAGCUUGAGCUACAGCCAAACUACCUCCCACCUCCUGUUGAAACAAAGCUUACGAUUGGAGAGGAAAUUCUGAAACUUUCACUCAGCUUUCAGUUUUGCCUUACCAAAGAGAUCACAUCUUAGAAAUGCGCAAAAGAGAUGGAUGAUCAAAUCCAACCACGUCUCACACUCCACCGUCACUUGGCGGACCAAGCUCACCGUAAGCAAGCAGCGCUGCAUCGCUGCUCAGCAGAAGGCACACAGGCAUCCUCCUCAAGCACCGCACUGAUCCCAUCAGCAACACACACAGCUGCCCUGAUGGAGCGCGGGCAUUUGGCUGAUCCUUCUCUGCCCAUUCAUCAAUCACACCCAAAACUCUGCUCUCAGACCCCAACCCACAUCUCACUUCUGAAGUCUUCCCAAUUAAACACUUCUAAUUCUUAA